AUGGAGAGGCAGGGGCUUUUCACCACGGAGAAGCACGGUGGCAGGGCGCUCUACAGGCUCCACGCCGUCACGGUGUUCCUGGGGAUAUGCCUGCUGCUCUGCUACAGGGCGACGCACGUCCCGGCUGCCGGCACCGGCAGGGCGGCGUGGCUGGGGAUGCUCGCGGCGGAGCUGUGGUUCGCCUUCUACUGGGUCAUCACGCAGUCCGUGCGCUGGUGCCCCAUCCGCCGCCGCACCUUCGUCGACAGGCUCGCCGCCAGAUUUGGAGAACGGCUUCCCUGUGUGGACAUCUUCGUAUGCACAGCGGACCCACAAUCGGAGCCACCAAGCCUUGUCGUGGCCACAGUCCUGUCACUCAUGGCAUACAACUACCCACCUGAGAAGCUAAGCGUGUACCUCUCAGACGACGGGGGCUCCAUUCUCACUUUCUACGCCAUGUGGGAGAUCUCCGCCUUCGCGAAGCACUGGCUUCCAUUCUGCAGGCGAUACAACAUUGAGCCACGCUCACCGGCCGCUUACUUUGCGGCGUCAGAUAAGCCUCAUGAUCCACACGCCUUAGAAGAGUGGUCAUCCGUCAAAGACCUCUAUGAAGAAAUGACAGAGCGGAUCGAUUCCGCUGCUAGGUCAGGCAAGGUUCCUGAAGAAAUCAAAGUAAAACACAAAGGAUUUUCAGAGUGGAAUGCAGGUCUUACCUCAAAGGAUCACCACCCAAUUGUUCAGAUUCUGAUCGAUGCGAAAGACAAAAAUGCAGUUGACAAUGAAGGAAAUGUACUGCCAACACUGGUGUACAUGGCACGAGAGAAGAGGCCUCAAUACCACCAUAACUUCAAAGCUGGGGCAAUGAACGCUCUGAUAAGGGUGUCAUCAGUGAUAAGCAACAGCCCUAUCAUCAUGAAUGUGGACUGCGAUAUGUAUUCAAACAACAGAGAUUCAAUUAGAGAUGCAAUGUGCUUCUUCCUUGAUGAAGAAAUGGGUCACAAAAUCGCAUUUGUGCAGUACCCUCAGAACUACAACAAUAUGACCAAGAACAACAUAUAUGGUAACUCCCUCAAUGUCAUCAAUGAGGUGGAGUUGAGCGGUCUGGACACUUGGGGUGGGCCAUUGUAUAUUGGCACUGGAUGCUUCCAUAGAAGGGAGACCCUAUGCGGCAGGAGGUUCACCAAAGACUACAAGGAAGACUGGGACAGAGGAAUCAAGACAGAGCACUGCAUAGACAAGACUGAAGAGAAAGCAAAGUCGUUAGCAACUUGCACCUACGAACAUAACACGCAGUGGGGAGAUGAGAUGGGAUUGAAAUAUGGCUGUCCAGUGGAAGAUGUCAUCACCGGACUGGCAAUACAUUGUAGAGGAUGGAAGUCGGUCUAUAGCAAUCCCCCAAGAGCAGGAUUUAUCGGUGUAGGGCCAACAACACUUGCUCAGACAAUACUGCAACACAAGCGAUGGAGCGAGGGUAAUUUCACUAUUUUUGUUUCAAAGUACUGUCCCUUCUUAUUUGGACGUGGAAUAACCAAGUUACCCCAUCAAAUGGGCUACUCAAUCUACGGUUUAUGGGCACCAAACUCACUGCCUACGUUGUAUUAUGCUGUCAUCCCUUCACUAUGCCUACUCAAGGGCACCCCAUUAUUCCCUGAGAUAAUGAGUCCGUGGAUCACACCUUUCAUAUAUGUCUCAGUUGUGAAGAAUAUCUACAGCGUAUAUGAGGCAUUAUUAUGUAGAGAAACAUUGAGAGGAUGGUGGAAUGCACAAAGGAUGUGGAUGGUCAAAAGAAUAACCUCGUACCUCUACGGCGUCAUUGACACCAUCAGGAAGGUGUUAGGACUGUCACAGAUGGGGUUUGUAGUUUCACCAAAGGUAAGCGAUGAAGAUGAAUUGAAGAGGUAUGAGCAAGAAAUCAUGGAAUUUGGAACGUCGUCGUCGGAAUACGUGAUCAUCGCGACCAUUGCACUACUGAACCUUGUGUGUCUGGUCGGAGGACUAUAUCAAAUAAUCCUGGCAAGUGGCGAGAAUAAAAUGGCAUUGAAUGUAUUUUUCCUCCAGGUCAUUCUGUGCGGGGUGCUAGUGAUCAUCAACAUCCCAAUCUAUGAAGCAAUGUUCCUCAGGAAGGACAGAGGGAGAAUACCGUUCUCAGUCACCCUAGCCUCCAUUGGCUUUGUGAUGUUGGCCCUCUUUGUGCCAUUCUUUUGA